AAUUUUUACACACAGAGUAGAGCAGAGAGAGAGAGAGAGAGAGAGAUGGGUGAUUCUGACGUCGGUGAUCGUCUUCCCCCUCCAUCUUCUUCCGACGAACUCUCGAGCUUUCUCCGACAGAUUCUUUCCCGUACUCCUACAGCUCAACCUUCUUCACCACCGAAGAGUACUAAUGUUUCCUCCGCUGAGACCUUCUUCCCUUCCGUUUCCGGCGGAGCUGUUUCUUCCGUCGGUUAUGGAGUCUCUGAAACUGGCCAAGACAAAUAUGCUUUCGAACACAAGAGAAGUGGAGCUAAACAGAGAAAUUCGUUGAAGAGAAACAUUGAUGCUCAAUUCCACAACUUGUCUGAAAAGAAGAGGAGGAGCAAGAUCAACGAGAAAAUGAAAGCUUUGCAGAAACUCAUUCCCAAUUCCAACAAGGUUAAUCAAUCUUUGUUCGAAUCAGAGAUAGUGAGAAACAUUGUUCUGAUUGAUCCGUUAUCUUUUGUUUGUUUAUAGACUGAUAAAGCCUCAAUGCUUGAUGAAGCUAUAGAAUAUCUGAAGCAGCUUCAACUUCAAGUCCAGACUUUAGCCGUUAUGAAUGGUUUAGGCUUAAACCCUAUGCGAUUACCACAGGUUCCACCUCCAACUCAUACAAGGAUCAAUGAGACCUUAGAGCAAGACCUGAACCUAGAGACUCUUCUCGCUGCUCCUCACUCGCUGGAACCAGCUAAAACAAGUCAAGGAAUGUGCUUUUCCACAGCCACUCUGCUUUGAAGAUAACAUUCAGACAAUGAUGAUGAUCGGAAUUCCUCUAGUACCUGCCAGACAGGAGUGAACAAUGUUUUGAGUUUUAGCAUUGGCCAGAUUUCUAUGUUCAGUUAUAGUUAUGCUAAUAAGCUUUAGGAGUGAACAAAAUCUGAGUAGUUUGAUUAUAAUGAUGUCUGAAGCAGAUUAUAUAUAAAAGACUAAUUUACUUACAUAUGAGAUGAUUAUUACAAC